CCGAGAUCCACUUAUAACUAAUCAAUCAAUCUCUUCGUCUUCCCAACCAAAUCUCAAAUCAUAAAAUUCACAUCAACAAACACUGUCUUUCCCUCCUCCAAAAGCUUCUUCUUCUCCAACAACAAGAGCUUAAUUUGAAGUAGUAGUAGUAGCUUAGUGAUUCAGAUUCUGAGUUUCUAUAGAAUGAGAGCAAUUGAACAUUCUGUUGAGGAAGAAUCUGUUAUAAAGAAAGCGAGAAUGAUUGGUAACGUAGUAGAAGAGGCUCCAUUGAUGUCACAAAACGAACCUGUGGCGGUUGAUGUUGUUGUGAAAGAGACUUGUGUUGCAUCAGGUGUUGAUGGAAGCGAGAAUGGCCAAGUAGUUGUUGAAGAAGAAGAGAAGAAGAAGAUAGAGGAAGUUUCAGCUGCACUGAGCUUAGCAGAUACAGAACAUAUGGAUCUAAAAGAAACUCUGGAGUUAGAAGAAGUUGAUGUUGUUGUUGUCUCAGGUGCUGAUGUAAACACUGAAAAGCUUCCAGCUUUGGCGCUUGAGAAGAACAACGAAGAUUCUGUUGUUACAUCUGCUGUUGAUGCAAGCAGAGAUGAGAUCAAAGAAGUGAUUGUGUUGAAUCCAUCGGUGGUAAGGAGGAAAAAACUUCUAGUUCUUGAUCUGAAUGGGUUGCUUGCAGAUAUAGUUAAUCCUCCUGCAGAUUGUAAAGCUGAUAUUAACAUUGGAAGAAGAGCAAUUUUUAAGAGACCAUAUUGUGACGAGUUCUUGAAGUUCUGCUUUGACAAGUUUGAAGUUGGUAUCUGGUCCUCUAGAAAAAAGAACAAUGUGGACAGAAUCACUGAGUUCUUGCUCGGAGAUAUGAAGAGUAAACUGUUGUUUUGCUGGGACAUGUCUUACUGUGCCACAACAACUCUUGGUUCACUUGAAAAUAAACACAAAUACGUGGUGUUCAAGGAUCUAAACCAGCUCUGGGAGAAACACGACCCAAAACUUCCGUGGCAAAAGGGUGAUUACAAUGAAACCAACACGGUUUUGCUAGAUGAUUCUCCUUACAAGGCUUUGCUUAACCCUCCAUAUACAGCGAUAUUCCCACACUCAUACAGCCAUCAGAACAAGUCAGACACGUCCUUAGGUAGUGGUGGUGAUCUGAGACUUCAUCUGGAGAAGUUAGUAGAAGCUGAAAACGUUCAAGAUUUCAUCAAGAAUAACCCUUUUGGGCAAGAAGCUAUUACUGAAGCUAGUGAAGAUUGGGAGUUCUAUAAAGAGGCCACUCGUAUGCACAAUCAUCUACGCAUUUAGAAACCUCAUACGGUAGAAAAGAGAAGGAUUGUUGCAAGAUUUUUUACUAGGUGGUUGGUAAAACAGGCGAGAGAAAGAUAAGAGUAAAGGAAAGGAGCUUGAUGUUGUUGUUAUAGUUUUUUUUUCUUUUGGGUAUUUCAUUGUAGAGGUUGGAAACUACAAGUAAUUUGCUUACUUACUUAAAUCUGGUUUAUAGAUUUUUUUUUUUUUCUACAAGAUUCUAUUUUCUCACCUAUGAUUUUAUUUUAUUUGUGUCUUCAGAUUGUAAGUUUUGAUAUUGAAAGUUGGUUCGACCAUCUAAUCUUUUUUUUGACAACUUAGAGCAAUCACAUUUCUGUUUCCU